AUGGAACCCAUCGAGGUAAAAUUCGGUCACCUUUUUAUAGACGGAGAAGAUCAGUACCUGUUGAUAAAAACUAUAGGAAGUGGAGCAGACGCGAUCGCACAGCUCGUUCUUCAUGUGCAAACAGGUGAGUUGGUCGUCCGUAAGGUAGGGAACGUCCUGUUAAACGAGGAUCAGAUACAUAGGGAAGAUCCUGAACGAGUCCUGUUUGCAUUACAGUCACAGGCUCGCGAACGCGGUGUGCAGCCAAGUAUCUCGCAUCUACAAUCAGCCGACGAGGUACCAACACCACAAAAGCGGGAAGGUCAAGAAUUACUAUACCAUCGUGUCAAGUAUUACGACUAUUACAACGGAGGUACCUUGGAGGAUUUCUGGCACGCUUGCACUACCAAAAACCUUCCGCCGCCGCCAUCUCUGAUAUUGACCAUGGUCCGAGAUCUUAGUCAGGCUCUUGACUUCAUGUACUCGAUGAAGCCCUUUGUCAUUCAUGGAGACCUGCAUUGGGGCAACAUUUUCCUGCACUGGAACGACAAGGAUAUUUCCGCUGGGCCGCGGUUCGUCUUGGGUGAUUUUGGGAGGUCAACAUGGGGCAGAGCAAGAGCAGGUGCCCGCUUCGGCCUAGUCAUGGAUAUACGUCGAGUCUGGCUUGAUGUUUGCGACUUCCUUGACUUCCUUGAUUUUGAGCCGGGCGCAGGCUUGCUACGUCGAGUCUGGCUUGAUGUUUCCGACCUACUUGAUUUUGAGCCGGGCGGAGGCUUGCAGAGAGAACUGAAGCAAUUCCUGGAAAAGAUAAUUGAGCCCGAAUUGAACAGGUUGGCCCACGGCUCAGCCUCACAUUUACCCGAUCUCACACGUCUCCUCGACCUUCUGUCUACUGCACCAGCUGCAAAUCCACCUGAUAUGGGGCACUUCAUGGUUACCCGUGAGUCUCAAAGCACCCUGUCUCCACUUCUAUACGACACACAUCUUGAGGCCCAAACGGCGCGAGGCAUCCACGGACCAUGGCACGUAGGCGAGGUGAGCAUCAACCGAUCUACCAGUAAGCUGUCGGUUAUUAAUGUCAGCCCUGACACAUUCCACCGGCCUCACUUAACAUCUGAAGGAUAUGAAACGGACAGCGAGCAUGAAUGCGCGAAUAUGGUGUAG